GCAGCUAAUUUGUGGACGAGCGCUUCAAAUUAUCCUCAUUUGUUUGAUUGCUGAGGAAAUUUCUGAUUUUGUUCGAAAAUCAAAUGGGGAAGAACGAUUUUCUAACUCCAAAGGCAAUUGCGAACCGAAUCAAAGCAAAGGGUCUGCAGAAGCUCCGAUGGUACUGCCAGAUGUGCCAGAAACAAUGCCGAGACGAGAAUGGAUUCAAGUGUCACUGCAUGAGCGAGUCCCACCAGCGCCAAAUGGAGGUCUUCGGCCAAAACCCUAACCGAAUCGUUGAUGGAUACUCCGAGGAGUUUGAAAACGAAUUUUUGGAGCACAUGAAACGGAGCCACCGAUUCAGCCGUGUGGCCGCCACAGUAGUAUACAAUGAAUAUAUAGCUGACCGGCAUCAUGUUCAUAUGAAUUCCACGCAAUGGGCAACAUUGACUGAGUUUGUGAAGUAUUUGGGGAGGAUGGGGAAGUGUAAAGUUGAUGAGACCCCAAAGGGGUGGUUCAUUACUUACAUAGAUAGAGAUUCAGAGACCCUUUUAAAGGAAAAGUUGAAAAAUAAGAGAAUAAAAGCGGAUCUAGCGGAUGAAGAGAAGCAAGAGAGAGAGAUUAUGAAGCAGAUUGAGCGUGCAGAACAGUUGAUGACAGAGCCUAAUGGGUCUGAUCCGCAGCCUUCAGAGUCACAGCCAAAAUUGUUAAAAUUGGAGAAUGGUCAGAAAGUUUCAUUGAGUCUUGGUUCAUCUUCGAAAGCUGCUGGGAAAGAGAAGCCCGAGAGCUCGAUAUUGGUGUUCAAGGAUGUUGAGGAGGAUAAAAAGAGUGGUAAGGGUAAAAAUAAUGGCAAAUUGGGAAAGACUGGUAACGGUGGUGGGAGAUCGGCAUUGGAUGAAUUGAUGAGAGAGCAGGAGAAGGCGAAAGAGUGGAGUAACAGGAAGGAUUACUGGUUGUGUGAGGGGAUUAUCGUGAAGGUAGUUAGUAAGGCAUUGGCUGAGAAGGGUUACUAUAAGCAAAAGGGUGUUGUCCAAAAGGUGAUUGAUAAGUAUGUUGGGGAAAUUGAGAUGCUUGAGAGUAAGCAUGUGCUGAGAGUCGAUCAAGAAGAGCUUGAAACUGUGAUUCCCCAAAUUGGUGGCCUUGUGAGGAUAGUUAAUGGUGCAUAUCGUGGAUCAAAUGCAAGGUUGCUGGUGGUAGAUACAGAUAAUUUUUGUGCAAAGGUGCAGAUUGAGAAGGGACUAUAUGAUGGGAGAGUUCUUCAGGCUGUUGAAUAUGAAGAUAUAUGCAAAGUUGUUUAGUGAGACAUCCCAAUUGUAGAUUAUGGAACUCUCAGUUUUCAUCUGCGUAUUUAUUUUUAAGUUCGUAGUGUAUAUUGAGCCAUUUCUGAAAUUAACAAUAGUUUGUCUUACAUCACAAACAUUGGCAAUAUGCAGUUCAUGAUAUACCCUUUAUAUAAUGAACCUUUGGUUGUGUAUCCCUUGAGAAGGAUAAAAUAACGUUGGAAAAUGCUAUUUGUCUUGGGAGUUGGGUUUUUACAUGUGGUUUAUAAUCUCCAAAUUGCAAAAUACCAG